AUGUCGUACAGCGAUCUAAAAGGCAAGACCUUCGUCAUUACCGGAGCCGCCUCGGGCAUGGGCCGCACCACGUCCCUGUUUCUGGCCAAGCAGGGCGCCAACGUGGGCCUGCUCGACCUACGAAAGCCCGACGAUGUCCUGGCCGAGAUCGAGCAGCUGGGCGGCAAGGCACUCUCGAUAGCGUGCAACGUACAAGACAGCAAGGCCAUGGACGCGGCCGUCAAGGCCGUGGCCGACCACUUCGGGCGGCUCGACGGCGCCGCGAACAUGGCCGGGUACGUGGGCAACCAGGGCUUGCACGGGAGGGGGUUCGCCAUGGACGUCGUCGAGGACGAGGACUGGGACAUGAUGUUGGCCACAAACCUCACCGGCGUCAAGAACAGCAUCCGGGCCGAGCUGCGCCACAUGAAGGGUCCCGGCUCCAUCGUCAACGCCGCCAGCAUUGCCGGCCUAUAUGGCUUCCCAUGGAAUGCUCCCUACGGGACGGCCAAGUGGGGCGUCAUUGGCAUGACCAAGUCCGCGGCGCAGGAAGUGGGUACGCGAGGGAUUCGAGUUAACGCGGUAGCACCGGGAGUCGUUGAUACGCCGUUGGCACAUUCCUUGGGCAACGCAAAGGAAGUCUACGAUGCGCUGGUCCAUAAGGCCGCGCUGAGGAGGAUCGCGCAGCCUGAGGAGGUCAGCAAGGUCAUCGGAUUUCUAUUGAGCGAGGAGGCGGGGUAUAUCACAGCUUCUGUUAUCAAUGUCGAUGGAGGGUACACCUGA